AUGUGUCAACCGACGGUUCGGGGGACAUGCGGCCAAUACGGAUGGUGUGAGACGCGGCAAAGCGGAAAUCGAUGCCAUUGCCCUCCAGGAAAGAUGGGAAUCAAAUGCAGUCGGCCGUGUCAGGAUGUCUUCAAAAGCUGCAAAAAAUGGUUGGAGGAAGACAGGUGUUACUGGGCCCGAAAUACGACCUCAUUCUUUAUGGACAACUGCGCAUCGUCGUGUGAGGAAUGUAAAGGAGAUGGGAAAGUGUUGAAACUGGCCCUCCCGCCAAUGCUAGAGCCUCUCUCAUGGCUGGUCGGAAAAUGGGUAGCACGAACUUCGUCUGGACAACGAUUCCCAACAACACUCACUGGCCCUUACGAGGAAAUUCUUGAUGUGCAAAUUUCUGAGGUGCCCGCCUUCGAUCGACCCGGCAUCAACAUCAGCAUUUUCGCGAAGUCGCUGGACAACUGGGAGACACAUUCUGAAUUGGGAUUUAUGACCGGAAAGCCGUUUAAUGAAGACAACGGUUUUCUACGUGAAGCCGGCCCCGGAGAGGACCUCGUGGCCAUCGAGUUGGUCAGUAAUACAGGGCUAAUGACGAUCGAAGAGGGAAUAAUUCGAGGCCAAUCUAUCGUCAUUGAAUCAAAAUACAGGCAAAGCAUGUUUGGGAUUGCUGAUGCAUUCCAAGAGGCUAAACGCAAAUUCACCCUAAUCUCUCCGGGAUCACUAGAAGAGCGGACGAUAUUCAAGGAUAAAUAUGGAGUAGAGAAGAAAUGGCUAAAGCGAUACCGAUUAGUCCACGACUACCUUGGCGAAAUUAUUGAUUCAAAAGAGCAAAGAAAA